GACGUUACGUCACUUCCAUUGUUUUGUUUGAUAUAUUUGUAUGUAAAAUAAAUGCUGCUGAAGAAGGCCGCAAGGCCGAAAGCUACGGCAAAUUUAAAAUAGCGUUUUUGCUUAUAUACGGCAACUUAACACAUGAAGUCUAGCAGCAUAUGGACGAUACAGAGAAAUAUGCAGUCGUUAUUGACAAUGGGUCUGGCAUGUGUAAGGCAGGUUUCGCCGGUGAUGACGCCCCGAUCUGCUCUUUUCCGUCCCUAAUAGGGCGUCCGAAAUAUGAGACUGAAAUGUCAGCUGUAGAUAUGAAAGACACGUAUGUUGGAGACGAAGCGCAAAGGAAACGAGGAAUUCUCUCCCUUAGUUAUCCCAUACAACAUGGAAUUAUUACCAACUGGGACGAUAUGGAACAAAUCUGGCACCAUACAUACUAUAACGAGCUCCAUGCUGCACCAGAGGAACACCCUGUCCUGUUGACGGAACCUUCACUUAAUCCUAAAGCUAAUAAAGGAAAGAUGGCGCAGAUAAUGUUUGAGAAAUUCAACACCCCAGCAUUUUACGUGAGUAUCCAGGCAGUACUUACAAUAUUUGCAUCAGGUAGGCAUGCUGGUGUCGUAAUAGAUUCUGGUGAUGGCGUCACUCAUAUUGUUCCUGUUGAAGGCAUUUAUCCUAUACCUAACGCCAUUUUGAGAACUGACGUCGCAGGGAGGGAUCUGACACACUACUUAGCCAAACUUCUACAAAAAAGCGGAUAUAGUUUCAACACUUCCGCCGAGAUGGAAAUUGUCCGAGAUAUUAAAGAAAAACUAGGAUAUGUCGCACUAGACUUCCAGAAGGAAUUGCAGACGACAGAAUGUACUUCCGCAAAUGAUAUGACGUAUGAACUUCCGGAUGGUCAGAAAAUUGUUAUUGGGAGUGAAAGAUUUCGUUGCGCAGAGGCGUUAUUUGAUCACACUCUAUUAGGCAAAGAACAGUUUGGUUUCAGUAACAUGGUACAUGAAUCUAUUAUGAAAUGUGACAUUGACCCAGCAUUUUACGUGAGUAUCCAGGCAGUACUUACAAUAUUUUCAUCAGGUAGACAUGCUGGUGUCGUAAUAGAUUCUGGUGAUGGUGUCACUCAUAUUGUUCCUGUUGAAGGCAUUUAUCCUAUCCCUAACGCCAUCUUGAGAUCUGACGUCGCGGGGAGGGAUCUGACACACUACUUAGCUAAACUGCUACAAGAAAGCGGAUAUAGUUUCAACACUUCCGCCGAGAUGGAAAUUGUCCGAGAUAUUAAAGAAAAACUAGGAUAUGUCGCACUAGACUUCCAGAAGGAAUUGCAGACGACAGAAUGUACUUCCGCAAAUGAUAUGACGUAUGAACUUCCGGAUGGUCAAACAAUUGUUGUUGGGAGUGAAAGAUUCCGUUGCGCAGAGGCGUUAUUUGAUCACACUCUAUUAGGCAAAGAGCAGUUUGGUUUCAGUAAUAUGGUGAAUGAAUCUAUCAUGAAAUGUGACAUUGACCUUAGAAGUCAUUAUUACGUCAACAUUGUCCUGUCGGGAGGGUCCACUAUGUUCCCAGGAAUGAAGGAAAGAGUAGAACAAGAUCUGAAACGCUUGGUUCCUCCAAAAAAUAAAGUCAAGGUCGUAGCACCGCCUGAAAGAAAAUACUCUGUAUGGAUUGGAGGCUCAGUUAUAGCCUCGCUAUCAACUUUUGAAGAUAUGUGGGUCAGUAAAAAAGAAUAUGAGGAAAAUGGGCCGACAAUUGUACACCGGAAGUGUGUUUAUUAGAUUGUUUUCUUCUGGAAAAGACGUGAUUGUAAAUCUAAAUGACAAAGUUCGUAAUGCUAACGAUGUGUCAAAGAUGGUAUUAAAGGCGAAAAAAACAAAAUAUAAAGAAUAAAAACUGAAUGAUAAGAUUUGUGUAGCCAUCUAUCUGUAUAACCGGUACUUCACUACUGAUCUAUCGCCAACGGGAAUCAGUAGAGAGAGUACGACAUUUAAGGAUUGUGGCAGAUUUAGCAAAACGAUUUGGCUCUUGAUGUUAUGGAAUUAAAUUGAACCUCAAAUUAUAGUCGAUUGAUAUUACAAACCGCCAUGUAAUAAUUCUAGUUAAAGUUUAUAGAGAAUGGUACAAACGAAAGGACAUGUGACUAUUUUAUCUUUUAUAUAAGUAUAUUUUUUUUCCGAACCUACAUUCCACUAUGAUGCUUCUUUUAUAAAACUCGAAGCAUAGCUAUGCCUAAAUUUUGUUUGUAAUUGUGUUUCAUUUAGUA